AUGUCUCAUGAUCGUACUGCCCCGAAGAAUAGUAUCGAACACAGUCGUAAGAGGAAGAGUAACGCUUCUCUUAAGGCAGCCGCCCAUCUUCACAAUAACAACUACACGGAUCACUAUAUCCACACAGGCGCUCUACCACAAAAAAAUGUGAGGAACACAGAUAACCCUGUUGAAGGAUACCCUAACCUUCAAAAGCUGUUUCGCCUGAAAGAGAAGCAAAUUGCAAAUCAUUCAUCAGCGCCUUAUGGUUGCAGGUUGGAUAUCGAUGAGAUGGUGCCAACCCUGAAGAAUUGGAUACACAAUGAAAAAAUAGUAUUUGAUGUUGUUAUGAUUGGGUGCUUAACAGACAACCAAUUCAUAUACCCAUUGCUCACAGGACUUCCUAUCGACAAGCUAAUUUCAAAGCCAGGAUUCUUAUUCAUAUGGGGUAGCGCUCAAAAAAUAAACGAGCUGACGCGGCUGUUACAGAACGACGGAUGGGCCAAGAAGUUUAGAAAAAGUGAAGAGCUUGUCUUUAUACCUAUUGACAAGAAGUCACCGUUUUACCCUGGUCUUGAUAAUGAUGACCAAGUGCUAUUUGAAAAGAUGCAAUGGCACUGCUGGAUGUGUAUAACGGGCACAGUUCGUCGUGCUACUGACGGUCAUUUAAUACACUGCAAUGUUGAUACCGACUUGAGUAUCGAAACAGAAAGCACUCGCAAGAGCGCUAUACCAUCUCACCUCUACAAAGUUGCUGAAAACUUUUCAACAGCGACAAGGCGACUACAUAUCAUUCCUGCAAGAACAGGUACUGAAACCCCUGUAAAAGUGAGACCUGGAUGGGUGAUAAUGAGUCCUGACGUGAUGCUAAACAACUUCGAUUCUAAGCGUUAUCGAGAAGACAUAAAUAAAGUUGGCGCACACCUUCCAAUAAGGAAUGAAAUCGAACUGUUGAGGCCAAAAAGUCCCGUACAGAAGAGAAACUCUUAG